AUGAGCAACAAAUGCAAUAUCAAGAUGCAGAAGAAAUGGGCAGGGAAGAAAAAGAAAUCCCUCUGGCAACAUACAAGACAAUCAACAAGAAGGCGGCGGAAAGACAAAACAAACUAGAAAGGCAAAUGGAACAGAUGGGAAAAAUGCUAAGCAAACUUUUGGAAAAUCGUCAGCUACCACUUAAUAAAAAGAGGCAACAAAAUAAAAGACA